AUGCGAAAGCAUGCCGCCCACGUGGCCGCGUGGAUCGCAUAUGGCCCACAAGGCCGGAUUCCGGACAUCGAUGAGGUCCAGCUCCUCCAGAAAUUCAUCGACAAGUUGGGAGCCGGAUUGCUACCUGCGCGGUUGAGGGAGGUGCUGCCAGACGUGCAAGCCGUGCUUCGACGCGUUCCAGUUGGUGAGGCUAGCGAGGCCUGGCGAGAGACAGAACAGCAGUUGCGGCGGAGUUUUCAGAAGUUCCGCUGCUGCAGGCAGCCGGCAAACGAAGCGGCAGUCAGACCUAACGGGCAGGCUGGGGCAGCAGCAGCUGAUCCAGUGUUGCCUGAUGGUGGCUUGGCUUUCGAAGGCGUGCUGCCGGAGGAAGUUGAACUAUUUGUAAAAGAGGGCGACUCAGGAUCUGCAGGCAAAUCGUCACAGCAUCUGCAGCUCUUCCGGAAAAUCAACGAGUGGGGCUUCUUGGAUAGUGCUCAGAGGACGGACCGCCUGAAGCAGGCUGAGGAGGCAGCCAAACACAGGAGCGCCAGUGCCGCAGAGCUUGUUGAAGUAGUCCAUGUGGCUACCGCGGCCCUUUCCGCACCUCGCAGACAAGCAACAGGGAAGGAGGAAGCUGAGUGGGAGAGAUCAGAUGGGUCACUGUUAGCUUUGGAAUCUCGCUGUCCGCACUCAAGGCAGCAGGUCGAUGUACAGCGCCGAGCGCGGCUGCUGCUGCUACAUGCUUUGCGCUCCUGGCGGAGGAGACGCUUCGACUGUCACCAAAUUGAAGACGUGCUCCAGUAUGUCCAGGCUAAAAUCGACAAGUUUGAACGCGAUGUGGGUGAGAUUCAAGUCGCUGCAGCUGGGAUUGUUUGGCUGUCCAUCAAAAGUGCAGUGGGCGAGAUGCUGCAGCACGCACAGGGAGGAACACAAGAGACCAAGAUCCUUUCACAUGCUGCCAGAACCACAGCAGACACCGCAAUGAGACGACUCGAGCGCCAGAGCGGCGUUCAAAACAUUAGCUGGCAGAGACUUACGCAGGGCUGGCAGGUGUCCUGGCAUGACGGGAUGAAAAGGAACAGGAAUCUGUUUUCGAUUUGCAAGUUUCUGAAGCAGGGCCUUUGCGAGGAGGAUGCCGUGAAGAAGGCCCUUGACGAGGCCAAGUCAUUCCGCAAAGAGCUGGUGCGUCAAAGCAAGCUGCAGCCCCCCAAGCCCAUCACAGUCAAAGCUUCCACGGUGAGGGGCGUCCACAAGAAAGGAAAAGCAUGGCAGGUAAGACUGACAAAUCCAAGCACAAAGAAGCUUUUCUACAAGGCAUUUGCGACCAUGGAGGAAGCAGAGUCCGAGGCCCGAGAGAUCGCGAAGAAGUUUGGAUUGCAGACUGAGAGUGAGGUGGUACCUGUGAAGAAGCUUUCAGAGCUACGCCGGUUUGAGCCGCUAUCGCCACAGAAAGGAGUGAAGUGGGACUUCAAUGAGCAGUGCUGGCAUGCUCGGUUCACCGUCGGGGUUCAACUGAAGCACUUCAGAGCGCGGCCGAAGAACUUCUCAAAGGAGGAGCUGGAAAACGCCUGGAACCAGGCUGUGUUUUGGCGCAGGCAGCAGGAGAAGGCGAACAAGGGCUCCCCGGCUCUCUGA